AUGAUCUUUUCAAUAGGCCUGCUUGUCGGAAAGACAUCUUCUCAGAAUCAGGUCCGGCAUCAUUCGCACCAGGCCUUUUACCGCCUUGCCGUGACUCAAUAUCUCUCACACGUCUUCGCCCAACCCGACCGCCUCCUUCACAUCCAAGCCUACCUUCUCCUCGCAAUGCACGCAAUCUACUCCCCCUCUACGGAGCGCAUAAUCUCCAUCGCUUCGGCCACGAUGCGCUAUUGCAUCAUGGCCCAACUCCAUCUCGCCGACGCAGAACCUUCCCCUCCACUGGACGUAGCCACCAGAAUCCGCGUACAAAUGCGCCGCCGCGUUUUCUGGUCCGCGUACACUCUGGACCGCGCCGUCAGCACCAUGUUCGACCUGCCCUUUUCUGUCCCAGAUUAUCAAAUUACGGUGAAGAUGUACGCAAACGUCGAUGAAAUGGACCUCGAAGCUACCUGUGGCACCUCAUUCCCCCUGGAUCCAUAUCCAGACACCCCGCGGCUCACAAGUGUCUCCGCGGCCAUUCAUGUGGUCUACUGCAGACGAAUUCAAUCCGAAAUUCUCAACACUACCCUUCAUCGUGACUUUUCGGCGCAAUUUGAUGGCUUAUCACAUUGGCGUCUACGGGUGCUCCAGAAACUUCAUAGAUGGAGAGCGCUGUGCCAUCAGUACGCCGACAAAAGGUCGAAAAACUUUACGAGUAGCGAGUGGUUGCACAUGAUUUACAACUACAGCCUCGCGAUGCUGUAUCAGCCCACGAAGACGACAGUGACGGGGCCAGCAGGUGACUGGACGGUAAAGUCAUGCGUUCAGGCAUGUCUGAUAUUCCGCAAGUUCCAGCGGGAGACACCCAUUACCGAGCUAUGGCUGGGCCUCAUCGCACAGUUCAAGUGUGGUGUUGCACUGCUGUACUGCUUCUUUGCUACGCCACCACACCUGAGGACUGCCGCAUAUCAACUCCCAGACACUUCAGAGGCCGUCAGAGCAUGUAGCAUAAUUCUUGCAGUUCUUGCUGAGCGGUGGCCUCAGAGCAAAUGUCUCCGAGACGCUUUUGACAUCCUGGCUCGCGAAAUUCCGCUCUUUGAAUCAUCAAUAGAUGUUGAGGUAUUGGGCUCGCGGAAGAUGAGACAAGAGUCGGCCGAUGCUCUCAAGGCGCUCAUGGUCCAGCUCGAGAUCAUUGUAGUGCACCGCAACACGCUACGAAUGAUCAACGAGAUGGCCCAAGACGAGUUUCCUCGCCCACCACCAGAAGGAGCAAGGCCGAAAACACAAGCAGUGGCCCGCGCAGAUACCACGGCUCAGCCAGUCGAAGAAGACUCCCCGUCUUGGCGAACAAGCAUUACUGGUGACAUGUUCCAGCCCAUUACGCCUCACUUCUUCCAGUCGAACAUAUCAGAUCUUGGCGCAGAGGUGUUUGACUAUGCUAUGCUCGGCUUUCCUGGCGAGUUCGAUCUCUUUGAUGGAUAA